CCCCACACACCCUCCAUAGUGUUCGAUAUGCUGAUCCAACUGCUGCCCCCAUGCGCACAUGGAAAGAUGGAAAGCUUUUACGCACCGCGCGCGUUCACUUAAAACGGGUUUAGCUGUUGUUUCUGCAUUGUCACACGCAUCGCCUGGUGCAUAAGUAGGCUUCGGCAUUAGGGAUGUGCUGUAGAAAAGUAGGGGAUGCGGUAAUACCUCACUACAUAAUACAGGGGGGUGGGGGUAAGAGACGAGACUUGCGUCCAGAUGCUCACCGCCAACUAAACGUGAGAGAAGCUCAGACAUCAAUAACAUCUCGCUCAUCAAUAAGAAAUUUUGAUGGAGUUGGACUGCUUAAUUAAAUAGGUUGCCUUUACGCUAGCUGAAUUUGUAAUAUUUAAUCUGAUGACCCCCAAUGGACAAGAUCUGAAGGAAGAACUCUUCAGCGUCUCCAUCCACAGGAAAGCGGCUCGGCCAGACAGAGAAUCCGACUUGGAGAUAUUUCUUAUCUUUCAGUGAUGGCUAUUAACACUGAUGCUGCCUUUGGGAAAAGCGCCCUUGGCGAGAGGGAAGUUUCUAUACCCACCGGCUUCCAGGACACGGAGAAGCUACUGAGCACAGCAACCACCGAGCCCACCGGGCAGAGCAACAUCAAACCAUCUGACUCUUUCUCCCUGAACAUCAGAGGGAGUGUCCGCUCCCUGGAUGCGGACCAGAACGGACACAGAUCACCUCUUAAAUCGGGCUCCGUUGGGCAACUGGCCCCACCCAGAUCCUCGUCCCGGCUUUUCCUGGGACAGCUGCCCUCUCAGGUGCCACCGGGCACCGACCCCCCGAGUUACCUCUGGCUCGCCGUGCUGUCCUGUUUCUGUCCCGGCUGGCCGCUCAAUAUUUGUGCCUUGUGGUAUGCAAAUGUGUCGAGGACUGUUCUCCAGACAGGGGAUGCUGAGGGAGCGAGAAAGUAUGGGCGUCUAUCUAUGUUACUCAGCGCCCUGGCAAUGGUGCUGGGUGUGGCUGUGAUCAUCUUCGUAGCGGUUACAAUAGAGAUGCAGCAAUGAAAAGUGGGAUGAAAGGAGUCUUCUUUUACGUCAUCUCAAAUUUUCACACGAGGAAGGAUGUCAAUUUGACGAUGAAAAAGCACAAACAAGACGAAGAGACUCUCAAGUAUGACUUAAUGUUUUGUUUUUGUUUGUUUGUUUUUCUGCUACGGACCUAAAAAAAAAAAACAGAAAGAAAAAGAAAGAAGGGCAGGACAUUUCUAUUUUUCUGGCUACACUCAUGCCCAAUCACGUCAGAAACUCAGGAUCUGAGGAAGAAAGAUAAAAACUGCACUAUUGUGUCAGGCUGUCAGUAACUAUAUUCUCAUAGUCUAAACUAGUGGUGCACUCCUGCCUUAUGCAGACAGCUGGAUAAAACUACAAUUUGCAAAUAAAUUAAAAAAGAAAAAAACACAUAUGGGUUCACUAAACACAACAACAAAUACACAAGAUCAGAAAAAAAGGCAUCAGUGCACUUCUAGUCCAUGAUGUCGUCACUGCCCUGUUUCUCAAAACUAAAUAUUAACAAAACAUUAACUUUUUCUCCCGUUUGAGAGUUUUGUGGCUGUAGGAAGACGUAUAAGCUGUUUUCGUACAUUGUUUACAUGAAUUUUAGGCACAUGUCUAUGUAUCACAACAAUGCCUUUCUGCAGUCAUAGUGUGAUAUCUUGCUUUGCGUGCUGUCAUAACUGAAAUGACUCCUGUUUGGACUCUACUGAACCUCAUUAUGUUUACAAUAUACUGCAAGAUAUGAACGGGGCGGUUGCCCCCCUUGUAUGCACCGAUCUUGGCACUCUGAUGUUCAUGUUUAUACAUUUAUACUGUAUGACUGGUUUACUGUGCCAUAGUUCUGCAUGUCUGAAAUAAAGCUGAAUGAGCAUGACCAA